AGUAAGUUUGUCAAAGAUGAGAGUGACUUUAUCAACGCUGGAUACUUGCGAGAGCUCCUUCACACCUCUAGUGGUCAUAGAACUCGCCCAGGAUGUCAAAGAAGAAACCAAAGAGUGGCUCAAAAACAGAAUUAUCGCUAAAAAGAAAGAUGGAGGUGCCCAGCUGCUGUUUAGACCACUGUUAAAUAAAUAUGAAAAAGAAACACUAGGAAACCAGAAUUUAUACCUUGUUGGUGCCUCCAACGUCCGCUUGUUGCUCGGGGCAGAAGCCGUCGGCCUGGUGAAGGAAUGCACGGAUGCUGCCAUGCGGGCCUUCACCUACGGAACCCGCCACAGCUUCAAAGGCUUCCAUGAUAACAGUGACGACUUCCUCACCAUGGCCGAGUGUCAGUUCAUUAUCAAACAUGAACUUGAGAACCUUAGAGCCAGAGAUGAGAAAAUGAUCCCUGGCUACCCCCAGGCCAAGCUGUACCCCGGGAAGUCACUGUUGAGGAGAUUGCUCACGUCUGGCAUCGUGACCCAGGUGUUUCCGCUGCAUGACGCCGAGGCCCUGAAGAAGCUGGAGGACAGCUGGUACGCUCGGCGCGUUCUCAAGUACCAGCCCAUAGACAGCAUCCGUGGCUACUUCGGGGAGACAAUCGCUCUGUACUUUGGAUUCCUGGAGUAUUUCACCUUCGCCUUAAUCCCCAUGGCUGUCAUCGGACUGCCCUACUACCUGUUUGUGUGGGAGGACUACGACAAAUAUGUCAUCUUUGCCUCGUUCAACCUCAUCUGGUCCACAGUGAUCCUGGAGGUGUGGAAGCGAGGCUGCGCCAACAUGGCCUACCGCUGGGGGACACUGGUCAUGAAGAGGCAGUUUGAGGAGCCCCGGCCAGGGUUUCAUGGCGUCCUGGGCAUCAAUUCUGUCACCGGCAGGGAGGAACCACUGUACUCCAGCUACAAGAGACAGCUGCGCAUCUACCUGGUCUCCCUGCCGUUCGUGUGCCUCUGCCUGUAUUUCUCCCUCUACGUAAUGAUGAUAUACUUUGACAUGGAGGUCUGGGCCUUGAGUAUCCAUGAGGACAGUGGGGCUGAGUGGACCAGCCUCCUGUUGUACGUGCCCAGUAUCGUUUACGCCAUUGUGAUCGAGAUCAUGAACCGCCUCUAUCGGCACGCUGCUGAGUUCCUGACAUCCUGGGAGAAUCACAGACUGGAAUCAGCCUACCAGAACCAUCUUGUUCUGAAAGUGUUGGUGUUCAACUUUCUGAAUUGUUUUGCCUCGCUUUUCUACAUCGCCUUUGUCCUGAAGGACAUGAAGCUUCUGCGCCAGAGCUUGGCCACACUCCUCAUCACCUCCCAGAUCUUGAACCAAGUCGUAGAGUCUCUUCUUCCUUACUGGCUCCAGCGGAAGUACUGUGCGCAGGUGAAGAGGAAGGUGCAGGCUUUAAAGAUGGAUGGCGACACAACCUUGUAUGAGCAAGUCCUCAUGGAGAAGGAAAUGGGAACUUACCUGGGAACCUUUGAUGAUUACUUGGAGUUGUUCCUGCAGUUUGGCUAUGUGAGCCUUUUCUCUUGUGUUUACCCGUUAGCAGCUGCCUUUGCUGUAUUAAAUAACUUCACUGAAGUCAACUCAGAUGCCUUGAAAAUGUGCAGGGUCUUCAAACGACCGUUUGCAGAACCUUCAGCCAGUAUUGGUGUGUGGCAGCUGGCUUUUGAAACGAUGAGUGUUAUAUCUGUGGUCACGAACUGUGCACUGAUUGGAUUGUCACCACAAGUGAACGCCCUCUUUCCAGAAUCCAAAACGGACCUCAUCCUGAUCGUGGUGGCUGUGGAGCAUGCACUCUUGGCCUUGAAGUUCAUCCUUGCGUUUGCCAUCCCUGAUAAGCCCCGGCACAUCCAGAUGAAGCUGGCCAGAUUGGAAUUCGAGUCUUUGGAGGCACUGAAGCAGCAGCAAAUGAAGCUGGUGGCAGAAAACCUGAAGGAAGAGUCCCAGGAAGGUGGGAAGGAAGCUACCUGAGCCCCGGCAUGCUGGCCGCCCCGUCCCCAGCACGUGAGAGGAGCACCCGCAUCAGACCCGCACAGGGAAGCGACACCAGCCUGGACUUAGGCCAGAUUCCUGGCUUUGUGGCAGGGCUGAGAUGCAGCAGGCAAACCAUCCAGGCAAGGUCUGGCUCUGUGGGUGAAAGAGUCUGGGACUCCUGGUGCCUUCCUGGUGCCCUCUCACCUGGACCCUCCCAGGGCUCCACACACCCCUCCAGCCGUCUCACUUUGCUCAGGCGCCUUGGCUACCCUUGAACCUCAUCCCCAAGGAGUCACCAG